AUGAAAGCUCCCGAGGGCGCUGAGUAUGAGCACAUCGCCCCUGAAUUUCUAGGUCCCCAAGAUGAACUGUCCAGGUGGACUGACAUGGCUGCAUCCAGCUGCCCCCUGCAUUUCCCCGCAGAGAACAGAGCACCUCUCCCUUCGGGGCUUCAGUUCAGUUCACCGCGUCGAACUCAAGCUCGGUCCCUAGAGACUACCUUGCCCCGCCCCUUUUGGGUCGCUGUGAAAAUCCGGCUGGUGGAUCGCCCCGGGGCCAAGUUACUGCGCUCUCCUAGCGCCGCUGUGCACGCUGGAGGCGGGGGUUGCUGGUGGGCGGGACCGAGGAGACCUAGGAGGUUCAAAAGGAGGUGGAGGGAUACACGGUCCGUCGGAACUACUUUCAGGAGGAGGUCACGUGUGUUCCUAGUUGGGAAACUUUCCAAAUUCCCACUCCCCCACGAUAUCUCCUGAAGCAAGUGUUUCUUUACCUUCGCAUCCUCCUCCUAGCGUGUUCCCUGCUUGUGGGGCAGCGGGACUCCAGAGCCUCCCUAGGCAUGGUGGAAAACAGCUCAGACGAUACUCCCGCCUGGGUGCUGUCGGGGCUGGCGCCUGGGGAGCUGAUUACACAAGCACUCCCAUCCAAGCACGUGCCCCCGCCUCCCUGCACCGCUGGCCGCUGAUUCUUGCAAACCACAGAGCAAAGUUCCCGAGCUGGUCCCACCCUUCACCUGCUACCCACAGGGCAAGAAAGGGCCGAAACCUGAGACCCCUAGAUCUGGAUCGGCUAACACGGCGCGUUCCCAACGGUGAGAGAAGUGGCUGGGCCCCAGGGCUCUGGCACAACUACGCUAGUGCUCUGACCCUUAGGGCAAGGGUAUCUUUCUGCAGCAGCCCGCUGCUCAAAUUCGAUGUUGCAACAAACUUACAGUCACUACCCCUGAGCUGGUGAGAGCGCCCCACCUACUGUAGACUCAGCCAAGUGACUUAUCUGGUGAGAGAACCUAGUCAAUGACGGUCAGCCCAGAACAAACCUGUCAAAUCGGCUUACAGCCCGGACUGGCUGACCAGUCUGGAGAACGCUGGCAGAAAUGCUGAGAACUGAAGCACGUUUACUCUGACGUUGGUCGGCCACAAAGCGAGUUGUUCAUCUUCUGCGUGGAGAAAAUGGGCAUCAAUCAACGCCAAUCUAGGAAUUUCUUCCUUUUCUUUCGCUUGGGAAAUAGAACUUGAGACAAUUUGAAUCCCAAAGUAUCUAAGUUGAGACGUAGGCUGAGGCACUGGCUCUAAUUUUUUUUUUAACCUGGGAGAAUGGGGAUCAAUUUGCAUGUGUAUUGCAGUAAUUAUGAGUACGUGCCUCGGAAGGUCUAAAGAGGAUUUAAUCAGUGUAUAAGAAGAUUGUAUAUGAGCACAUCAUAGUUGCUGGCAGCCCCUUAAGACUAGAAACCCCAAGAGAGCUAGCUUAGAAGCCACAGGCCAUUACCUAACUCCAGGACUACUGUGUAAACCAGGGAUAUUUACAAUGUUCUUAGAGAUCUCUGAAGCUCCAUAAAACUGCAUUAUAUACAACAUCCUUUUAAGAUAGCUUUGCAGGAGUUAGCAACCUGCUAAAUCUUCAAUGUUGAUAUUUAUUGGAGACAGGUUUUGUACAUGGUCCUGCUCAGCUUGGGGAGAGGUAAUGGACAGCAAUCUGAGAAAAGAGAAAGACCUCCCCUGGGUUUCCAGAAACGAAAGUUCUGUCUGCACAGCCUAGUGUAAGCUAGAGAUUUAUUUUCUAAAUAACCAAGGUAAGGAGUUCCUGAUUUCUAGGUGUUCUGCUAGAUUGUAUGGUAAAUAUCUGAGCUGUGCUCAGUUGAUUAUCAAUUAUUGCUUUGUAGGGAGAGUGAAAAUGAAGAUGAAGUUAAAUGAAGUCAAGUGGGUUGGGUAUGGGUGAAAUGUCCUGUUUGUUUCUCAGGUUGUUUAUCUUGUCCCCAGAGUCUCUGUUAUUAGUAGUGCCGUAUUUUGCUCCUCCCCUAGAGCCUACACUAUAAGGAUUAGUUUCACAGCAUCUGAGAAGUUCUGAAAUCUGCUUCCUGGGAAGAAAAUGAGUUCACUCCUGUCCUGUUGGUAUUAGGCAUGAGGAGAGAGGAUAUUCUGGAGCAUAAAGAGUGUGCAUCAGUAGCAUUAAAGUGCUGGAACAGAGACUGGGCCCAAAAGCACUUCCAUCAGUUGAAGAAGAAAAUAGAAAAUGAGCUUUGCUCCUCCUAUCAAAAUCAGGUCCCUCUACUUCUCUGAUGGUGAAUGAAAGGAUCACUGAUGUUGGCAGGUAUCUGGCCAGCCUGAGAGCAGUAUCAGAUGAUUAUUAGGAAUUGCUGAAUAAAAUCGUCCUCCCCUUCCCAGUAUUAAAUAGGUUCCUGAUGAUAGUA